AUGACUCGUUGGUCCGUGAAUGAUAGACCCCUUCAUCUCCGCGACUCUCCACCGCCUGAAUUGCUUCGCAUAACUCGGAUUCUCCCGACUUUGGCAACUGACCUUGAACGUGUAGAGUUCUCAAACAUGAUUGCUUGCAAGCUAGGUUGGUUCCUGGCCCUCGAGAACGAAGAGAUGAUAUCCACAAGGAUAUGGCGGACCAACGUAAACUCUCGUGCUCAAAGCAUCAAACUGGCGAGUCCCAUCUCACGCCUGGCGCCACGAUCAUUAUUCAUCUUGAUACGUGGAGCCUUCAUCGUAAUCUGCAUGAUGGCUCCAGCGCGGCCGAAAGAAGAAGCGCUGGCGAAUCUUUCUAGAAAAUUGGCUGGUGAUGAGAGGCAGGAUCGAGGGGAAGCUGCACGUCCAGAGGGGUAUCUCGCCAUGAAAGACUGCGCACCGAUGCCAAGGAACUUGCAGGAAACUGCUCUCGAAUUAUGA